AUGCCGUGCUAUCUGACCGCUUGUGACCCCCUCACUGAGGUCAAGCGCUUUGUCCUUGCUUUACUUGGUUUGUAUGUGUUUCACUAUGUUGUAGACACGGUACUUAUCCGACCGAUGGUCCAGUACAUGUUGCACAAGGGCUGGUUGACCCUGGAGAAGAAGGAUAAGAUGCGUGAGUCGCUCUACAAGAACGCGGCAGUGGGUGUCUUUCACGUGUUUGGGUUCUAUAUUGGCUGGAAUGAGACGUGGUUUUUUAACAAGGAGGAGUAUUUCAAGGAUUUCCCCCAAGUCGUCAGUGAAGCGCUGCACUGGUAUUAUAUGAUCUACCUGUGCUACUGGAUCCAGAGCGCAGACUUUAUGCUCAACCUCACAAAUAAACACUACACGAUUAAGCGCAAAGAUAACGCUGAAAUGUUUGUACAUCACUUUGCCACCAUUUCGCUCAUGCUAUUCUCGUAUUACGUCGAUCUUACGAGAAUCGGUCUCUGCGUGCUCAUGAUGCACGACGUCAAUGAUCUCUUGUUGGAGACUGCCAAGGUGUUUGUGUACCUACAGUGGGAGACAGCGGCCAACGUUUUCUUCGGUCUCUUCGCGCUCGUGUGGUUCGUUGUGCGCUGGUUCUUUUUCUCAUACAACAUUCUACACAGUGUUUACGCGAACGCAUACCGGGACAUUGUUGUGCCGAUUACUAAGGCUGGUAGCUACCAUGGCAUUGAUGCCCAAAUGGUGGUUAAGGCAUUGAAUGACGGCAGCGUUGAGAAAGACAUCCGCAGUGAAUCGGAGGGCGAGGAGGAAGAAGAGCAGCCAAAGAAGCUGCUUGAGGCGUCCGAGACGAGCAACCCCCGACGCCGUCGUGCUCCCAAGGCAGACUGA